UAAGUCCCCGGAUGAAGGACACACUCCCUUCAUGUGAAUGUUUGCACUUGCUCAUGAACGCCUCCUCAGUUUCUGCAUUUUCUCCGGUUCCUCCCUUCUUCACCAUGUCUCUGAUCAUGUCCACCGCUGUCUCUCUCAUUGCUGUCAUCCUGGGGACUGUUGAUUGUUUGGAGCCAGAGCUGAGAGUGAAUCCUACAGUCAUCAGUGUGAGACAAUCUGUUCGUCUGAGCUGUGAGCCACCGCAGGGUCUCCAUGGACCACAGAAUAAAUGCAGCUUCCUGAUAUACGCAGGCAGUGUCAGUGAAGACUCAGACUGUGAGGUCUCCUUCACUGGGGCUGAACUGAUUAGACUGGGAAAUGACGGACCGGAGUCUGAGAUACUCAUCUAUUGUGUGUACAUACUGGACACUGGUGACCCCUCCCUACUCAGUGCUGCAGUGAAAGUCACAGUUACUGAGAAGGAACCAACACCAACGACGUCUUCCUUACCUCCACCUGAGAACUAUGUGGUACCAUUAGUCAUCACUGCAGUGCUUGUGACUCUUCUUGCGUUUGCUGUUGUCUACUUGUUCAGACUAAGACGAAAGAAGAAUUUGCCCAGUGAGGAAGAGGCUCCUCCACCCAGUAAUAUAUACUAUGAGGUUGUGCCUAUGGGAGAAAGCAAAAAGCCAGAGGAGGCAGGAAGCAAAUCUGCUCGCAAUGAAUUUUACUCCAUGAUUGGAGACAAUUCUUCCGCUGUCCCUCCGCUUCCACCCACAGGCUGUGAUGCAAAACCGGAACAGAGAAACAAUAACAAAACGAAUCCGGACAAUAUUUACUUUAUCAUUGAAGAUCCUCGUGCGCCCAUUCAGGGUGGUAUGAUCUACAGCACCGUGGCGAUGCACUGAGACAGAGCCGGGCAAAUGGGGUCCUGGAUGGCCAUCAAUCACUCCUCUUCAUCAAUGGCGUUACUGGAAUUUGUGGAUUACUGUAGCAGGCAGGAUGCUGCCCACGCCCACCGCUUGCCAGGACUGACCGGGAGGACCAAGAACCAGGAGUGGCUGAUUCUGAAUGAUGAGAACUUUUAAAAUGAGACAAAAGUGAGGAGAGGGCUCUUCUUUUGAUCAUUUAUUUGUCUUCUGGAGGGAGGCUCCAGAGAAGAUCCUUCGUGAGUAGAAGUCUGCACUUUUGGGGAUUUGUUUCACAGAGGGAGCUAUGGUGAAUUUGAGAGCUUUAUGAUUAAAUGUUUGAUUUAAGUGCUGUUUAUUGCUCUUGAGCUUCGCUUAUGUAUCAGGGAAGAGCCGUUUGAGUUUCAUUGUUUCGUUCCUGUUUUUUUAACAAUUGUGGGGAGAAGAAA